CUUUGUGAGGCUGAGAACAGGCACUACCAUGUUCAUUUUUCUCUUCAGUUUGCUUUGUCGUUGCAAAAUCACCUUUCCUUGUACCUUUCACACUGCACUUCUUCCUCAAUGUGUACCUGAAAAAAACCAACCGAAACCACUGUUCACUUCUUUGAUUGGAAGUAAUAUAAGCUUUUUGCACUGUUAAUAUAUUUGAGAGGAAAAAAAAAUGUCCGCUUCUGUUUUUGUUCACAACUUUUGUUCCUUUAUCUCUUGCAUUCCAAAUUGCUGCCAAAAUCGAACUUUGGCUCUUACCCAUCAUCAUUUUCAUUCACCCAAUUCCCUUCUGAAGUUAAAGAAGAAACCUUUCCUUGCAAACACUCACUUCAAGAUUUCUAGAACCCGGAAACCUCGCUCCACUUUUGUAGUUUUUGCAGCACAAUCGAAUAUUUUUAAAGUUCUGCAGACUGCAUGGAAAGUUGGUAGGGAUGGAAUUGAGGCAGGCACUGAUCUGGUUCCCAAUUCUAUUCCAAGACCAAUAGCAAGGAUUUCAGUAACUAUUGUGGCUUUGAGUGUUUCACUUUUUGUACUCAAAUCUUUCCUCUCUACAGCUUUCUUUGUAUUGGCUACUAUAGGACUUGUAUACUUUGCAUUCCUAGGAUUCAAUAAAGAUCAAGGACCUAAGGGUAAUGGAGAAACUACCUCCACUCCUAUGGAGGAUCCUGUUGAAGAAGCUAGAAAGAUAAUGGACAAAUACAAGUAGAGGCGUCAGAGUUAGUUGUUCUGAACCACUUCUUUUCUGCAUUAUACAUUUGUCAAAUGUAAUGUAAAGUUAUGAUCCUGUGAGUGAUAAUUGAGAAAGGAAAUUAGUGACUUUCACAGAGUGGUAUUUUCAUCAUUUAUGGAAAUGUCGUUUUCCGUUUCUCAGUUCAUAUUAAUUAUAGCCUUUACACAGCCUCAGUGCA